AUGGAUAUUUUACAACGUGCUAAGAUGUUGGAUGCAAAACCUGCUCCAACACCUUUAAGCACCAAUAUUUCUUUUGUUUCUGCAGGUGAAUCUUUUUCAGAUGUUACUCAUUAUCGAUCCAUUGUCGGGGCCCUUCAAUACUUAACUAUCACAAGACCGGAUAUCUCGUAUGCUGUCAAUCAAGUUAGUCAAUUUUUACACUCUUCGACUGUUGAUCACUAUCAAGAGGUUAAACGUAUUCUUCGCUACUUAAAGGGAACACUUGCUUAUGGUCUUCAUUACACUCGUCCUACUCACACUGCACUACUGGGAUACUCUGAUGCUGACUGGACACGUUGUCUGGAGACGCGUCGAUCAACUUAUGGUUAUUCUAUAUUUUUAGGAGGCAAUCUUAUUUCUUGGAGUGCUAAGAAACAACCCACAGUUGCAAAGUCUAGUUGUGAAUCAGAAUAUCGGGCAAUGGCCAAUACUGCAGCUGAAAUUGUUUAG